AUGGCCCCCGGAGCCACCAGACACAGAUCUACUCCCUCAGCCUCUACGACAAGCAGUCGACCUAGACCAGUCUCACGAGCGUCCACUACCAGCAUCAAUACUCCACUGGAGCAAUCAACGCAGUCCUAUCAGCAUGUCUUCCAGUUUAUUCACCCUAAACCCGACCAACCUGGUCAGACACCUGUGGCUCAGAUCAGCCCUGAAGAGAUGAUAGCCCGUUCAGAGCAGCAACUGAUCAACCCAGAGCAGAGCUACACUGACCCAUCGAUGCAACACCAGUUACCCCAAUCGAGGGCCAUGAGCGUAGAUACCUCAUACAGCGGAAAUUUUGACGCUUACAGACCAUCGCUGCAGCGGUUUCGGUCCCAGGAUGGCAAGGAGAGCCAGUCUUUCCCAACAGUUGGCGAGAAUAAAGCUCAGAUUGGAGCAGAGUCGCAGGAUGCUCAGAGGAAGCCCAAGGCAAAUGCCUCAAGCCAAGCAAACGACCAAGAAUUACGACGACUAUUCCGAGAGAAUCGUCAAAGAGAUCUAAAGGAGGUCGCAGGGUGCGGUACUGAGCGUGUGCCUUUGCUGAAUCCAGCCUCAUUCGGCAAACUCGUCCGAAUAAUCUUUCCUGAUAUAACCACACGGAGGUUGGGAAUGCGGGGCGAGUCAAAAUAUCAUUAUGUCGACUUGGAGCUUGUAACAGACGAACCAGAUGCCGAGGCGCCUAUUGCCUCCAAGACUAUGGAGGACUUUACUGGUCCGAUGACUGAAAGUGUAAGACUGGACCAACAGGGUCAAGCGGAUACAGCUGAAUUUCCUUCCCCGGAUCUGUCUCUGCCACCUCCUCGAUUGGGUCGUCCGUCACGGAAAGUCGCGAAAGGCCACCUGUAUCUGGACGCCAGUCUCCCAGACCUUCAGCAAGGACCGUCAAGACACAAUAUGAUUAGUCGGCAGCUCAAAUUCGCCGAAGAGGCUAACGAUGUAUUCCUGGACGAAGCACCCGUUGAAUUGCCAGAUAUCCAGAACUAUCUUCCUGCUGGCACUGACACUGAUACGGCAGCUGCAUUGAAAGCACUAUAUCGUUCCCACUGUGUCUCAAUCAUCGAUUGUGUUCGAUUUUGCAAAGAGAGAUCGUUCUGGCAUUCUUUCUCUUCCUUCCAUGGAACGCUGACCGUCCCAUGUCAGAAGCUCUUCGCUCAUCCCAAUCUGGCACCUUGGAUACGGGAAUGUGACUGGCUGAUGUAUCAGAAGAUGAUUAAUUUCGUCUCACCACUGGCUCUACAGGUCAUGCCGGAGGUUGUUACCAACGUUUUCCAGACAAUUUCCGACAAUCUUGGGCGCCAUGUGUUGAGUACAUUCUCAUCCCACCCUAAGCAUGUUCAGGACGCAAAGCAUGGUCCAGCCAUUAUCUUCGCAGGAUUGCUGAGUCGGUUGCUCCGUGUUAAUGCGGCAUCACAUGCUGCAGCCCAUAUUCUGGGUAACGACGCAACUCGUCAACAAAUGUGGCAUGACUGGGUACACCACGUGAAACCCACCGUAGUUGCUGAAACUUGCUUGCCGGGCGUAGGCUAUUCGCGAACCGUGCAAAUUCUGACCAGUGAAUUACGACAGCUCCUUUCUCCCCUUUCAAUGACUUCAUACUCGAGUAUGCAGCAGAUUUACAGGACAGUGGAAGGUGAUACAUUUGGAAAAACCUCAAAUCUCCAGAGUCUAGAUGAUAGUUCGACGAGCUCAGUUCUAGAUCGAUGGGUGACAUUCUUGCAUAGUCUACCCUCUAGAUUCCCAAAUGCAGAUCCGCGGACAUUGCUACAUUGCGUCAGUGAUGUCGGAACGGCAGCAUUACGAGACAUCACCAUGGCAACUGCUGUCAGCUUUGGUCAAUGGACCGUAGCGAAGGUAUGGGUUGAUGAGAUGCUGCAGUGGCUCGCAGAAAAGGGAGGCUUCUUAGACACUUCACCAAGCAGUACCGAGAUGAGACCGAAAAAACGCUCCGCGGAGGACGCAGGAUUCAGUAUUGAUCCAGGAGCUCCAAUCUCGAGGCCAAGAACUAGCACUGCAGGCGCUGGGCCUGGAUAUGAACUAGAUAUCAGCAAUCAAAGAACACAACACAAAGCAGCCGCUCCUAGUCUCACCCAAAGCCAUCAGUUUCACCCGCACGAGCCGUCUUAUUUUGGAUUCUGUGAGCACCAUCCAACGCAUCGAGGUACAUUUCCCCCAAAGCCUUCGUCCGCGGGGCAGGAACCUCCUUCGCGAACCCACGAACAUCAACAUCCUCGCCCCAACUCUCAACGAAACAGUGAGCAGAACUCUCGUGAGCCAACUAAACAGCAUGAGAUACGGUCUCAGGACUGUAGCCCUCAGCAAGUUGGCCACAGUAUAUUGCCGCCAUCCUUGACGAAAGAAAUGCAAUACGACGACACUAAUGACGACAGUGGUAUUGGGCUCGACCUAGACCUACCCCAGCAACAGACCCCUCCACGGACGCUGGCUGACUACGGUGGUUUCGUGACGACCCACACGAACUCGGAUCCAGCUGAUGUGGUGGUAUGUUGA